AUGUGCAAGCUGGUUAUAUUAUCAUUAUUAUUGGUAGCAAUUUAUGCUCUUCCUCAGAAUACAGAAAUAAAUCGGCAGUUUCAGGAUAUUUAUCCAGAUGGAAGUUAUGAAUACUUGUAUGAAACUGGGAAUGGAAUUUUUGUUCAGGAGGAAGGGAAAGCCCGUAGUAUAAAUGAAGAAAAUGUAGACCUGGUGGUGCAAGGAUCCUUUUUGUAUACUGCUCCAGAUGGAAAAGAAAUACAUCUUUCUUACGUUGCUGAUGAGAAUGGGUACCGUCCCCAAGGAGACCAUUUGCCGACGCCUCCACCUAUUCCACCACAAAUUCAAAGAGCUCUAGAUUGGAUCGCGGCCCGUUCUUUGCAGAAGAAUAGAUAA